GUGGAUGCAAAGGAUGUUCGCAGAAAGUGACACGCAGUAUAAUAUCUGCCGGUCAUGCUCUCUCACCAUGAGUGGACACUGAUGAAGGGGAAAUAGCAAAAAAUACAACUUCACUGUGAAAAACUGCAGAGCUGAAAGCAUCAAGGUCAAUACUCUACAGAUGUCCAACAACAGCAAGAUGACUGGGAUACAUGAAAAUGCUUCACUUCUCUGUGGUAAAGACCCUGUCUAUUACACAAAUACCAUAGGUAUUGUGGUGGACUGGGUGAUAUUCCUCGUUGGACUACCUGAAGUCUGCCUGGCCUGCUACGCUCUCCUGUGUCUAGUCAAGACGGACAGUGCAGCUCCGAUCUUCGCCAUAAACCUGCUCCUGUCAGAUCUCAUUCAAAUCGGGAUCACAGUAGUCUUUAUCGUGAGUAGGUUUUUUGAUGCCACCUUCCAGCCCUUCAUCAGGGCCCGCUGCAUCGCACGACUGUUUGUUCGCUUGGGCCUGACCUCCAAUUUGGGUUUCAUGCUGCUGAUUUCUGCAGAGAGGUAUUUAAUGGUGGCUUGGCCACUGUGGUACCACACAAAGAACAGUGCAAAGUUAUCCAUCCUGAUCUCAGUUUGCAUGUGGACCCUUUCACUGGCCUACUCCACUUUGGAUUAUGUCUUCUUGAUCCACACCAGAUUCUCCUUGUUGCUACUGUCUAUCAUCUGCCUCCUCCCUGCCCCAUUUCUUCUGAGUCUCUUCAUAGCCACGUGGAAAGCCCUCCACAAGAGUAUGGCCAUGAAACAUGAAACGAAGAACAGGAGAAGAGUUUUGGGGGUUCUGAGUCUGGUGUUGGGGACAUUCACAGUUUUUUUCUUCCCCUUUAGUUUCAGGAACCUCUACUACUCUCUUAAAGGUGACGAUGCCUCAGACGCAGAGGACUCGGUCAGGGAUUUGUCUGGUGUUUUGACCAGCGCUCUGGUCUAUCUUAGCCCUUUGAUAGACGCUUUAAUCUAUAUUUUCAUUAGGAGGGACAUAAGGGACACAGUGGAAGCAUUUCCCUGCUGCAAAACGCCUCUGAUGAAGCUCAAAGAGUUUCAGGACAGGCUAACAGACACUUUCCAGACAGAGACGGCUUUAUAAUUAAUUUAAUAAUGGGAAGUGCAUCUAAGAGGGAGUUUUUAAUCACACCCCUUGUAUUGUGGCUUAGACUGAAUCAUAAGUCAGCUGGAAAAUGUCCUGAAGAAACCCCAAACCACUGUAAUAAUGCUGCACAAGUUUCAACCCUUCAUCGUCUACCCCAGUGUAAAAGAGCUGAAUAAGCGAAUGGAAUAAUGAUUAUUAUACACAGGUGAAACCAAGUAAAGGUGUGUUAAAUUAAAGCCGCACCUAUAAAUAUUUUUGUGAACAAUAGAUCAACUAUGUGUAAUGUGAAAGUUGUUGCUUAUAGUGACAAACCAACAAAGAAUUAGCACCCGACUCUGCAGUUACCCUCAGCUCUAUGGAAUGUUUUAGCAUCUUUCAGCCCAUUGUUUUGGUUUUACUGCUCACAACUUUGCUGUUUUGGUUCCCUCUCACCGCUGUCAUUAGAGUAGUUUCUAGAUGUAGCAGGCAGCUGUUUUUAGCAAAAAUCGCACCAAACGGCAGGAAAACAAAAUUAGCAACUACCUGGUGAGCAUAUUAGAGCAUUUAGCAGCUAAAGGAGCACCUAUUUUUCUCAGGAGUUGGUGGAGGGCCAACAGAGCUAAAAGGAAAGUGAACAUUGGACUUAUAUUUGUCAAGUAGGCUGAAUGCAAAUGUUACUCCGUGUCUGAUAUGUAAAUAGAGAACUGUUUGCUAGAACGUUCUCCAUAAAAACAAGUUUAAAACUGGAAACCUGGAAUGUGAACUUCAGAAAGAGUAGUUUCAGGGUUUAUUUGGGUGCAUUUAAACUAAGACUCAGACACACACACACACACACACACACACACACACACACACACACACACACACACAUUGUCUGAACAACUGAACAUUCCUGUCAGCAUAAGCUGAAGAAACUGUCUUUAUAGAGGGACGUUAUUUGUAAAUUAGAAUAGAAAUAUAUUUACUUAUUAUCUCUUUUUACAGUAUUUUUUCUG